AUGGGGCGGUCCAACUCUGACAACUCAUCUGAAGCCUCAAGGUAUAUACAGGCAGAGAAGCUCCUCUUAGCACAGGCACAGCUUGAUUCAUUUCCAGAAGAAUUCCGGGCUUUGAAAGCUGGACAAUUCAUCUCGACAGACAGCCGAUUGAGGUCUCUCGCCCCAGAAUAUGACAAAGAUACUGGUCUUAUCAGAGUGGGAGGACGACUUCGUCAUAUUGAAACCCUGCCUCCUGAUGUCAUUCACCCUAUCGUCCUAGACCCUCAACAUCAGGUCACAAAGUUGCUCAUCCAAGACAUAGAUCAACAGCUCAAUCAUCCUGGUGCAGAACGAGUACUAGCAGAGCUACGCCGUCGAUACUGGGUGCUUAGAGGCCGGGAAGCUGUCCGCAGACACCAACAUUUCUGUCAGGAUUGCCAAUUUUGGCGCUCUAAGCCACAGAAACCAAAGAUGGCUGACCUUCCACCCUGCAGGCUACGUCUGUUCAAGCCACCAUUCUUCUCCACUGGCGUAGACUGCUUCGGGCCCUUUCAGGUGAAGAUAGGUCGACGUCAAGAAAAGAUAUGGGGGAUCUUAUAUAAGUGCUUGACGACCAGAUGUUUACAUCUUGAUCUCCUUGAACACCUAGACACAGACGCCUUUCUCCUGUCUUUACGACGCUUUAUAGCCCGCAGAGGGAAGCCCUUCGAGAUACUAUGUGACAACGGCACCAACUUCACUGGAGGCGAUCAUGAGUUAAGAGAAUCCUUUAGUCAAAUGACACCUGAACUUCAGACACAACUGGCUAAACAGCAGAUCCAGUUUCGCUAUAUCCCACCGAGCGCCCCUCACUUUGGCGGUACAUGGGAGCGAGAGGUGAAGUCAGUUAAGACUGCUUUGCGAGUCAUUUUACGGGAACAAUCCGUGCCUGAAUCUGUGCUGCAAACAUUACUAGUGGAAGUAGAGGGCAUACUCAAUUCCAAGCCACUUGGCUAUGUUUCAUCGGACAUUGCAGACCCGGACCCUGUGACCCCGAACAUGUUACUCAUGGGACGCCGUGAUGCCUCCUUACCACAAGUCCUUUAUGACUCCAACGAGCUCUUGGGCAAACGCAGGUGGCGACAUAGCCAGGUAUUGGCUGAUCAGUUCUGGACUGCUUUCAUACGCAGCUAUCUACCAGAGCUACAGGGCAGACAGAAAUGGACAUCGGAUGGCAAAGGGUUGGCAGUAGGACAAGUGGUGCUCCUAAUUGACCAUCAACUCCCACGAGCACUAUGGCCUGUGGGUACCGUGACAGAGACCUAUGCAGGAGCAGACAAGAGGAUUCGGACAGCUAAAGUCAAAGUCAAGGACAAAAUGUAUCUGCGUCCUGUUGUGAAACUGAUUCCACUUCCUCCAAAGAGGGAUGAGGAUAAAGACACUUUGGAUGGCCUUUCUUAAGGGCUACAAUUAGCCUGCUGGUAAUUGGGGGCGGCAAUGUCAGAAAGACCACCGGAACGGAAAUUAAGAAACGGUUUCUGACGGACUGAUAUUGUAGUUGCUACUUCCAGUAGACUGAUGCAAUAGCCAGAUACAGACGUGCGCUCUCCAUUAUUGUUCAGUGUUGUGCGUUUAUGCAAACAAAUACCACAACGCAAUAACCUGUGUCAAAUACUGCCAUUUGAUCCAUCACAUCUUCAGAUGAUAUUGUAAUGGAUAUCACUGAUUACUUGAAAGUACUAUUAAAGAAA